UCCACCAUGUCCGUCUGCUCCAGCAACAGGAGCUAUGGCAGCCGUGUCUGCCUGCCCAGUGCUUGUCCCAGCUCCUCCUGGGAGGUGGAAGACUGUCCUGAGAGCCACUGUGAGCCUCCUUGCUGUGCCCCCACCUGCUGCCAGUCCUCCUGCUGCGAGCCCACCUGUUGCCAGUCUUCCUGCUGUCAGCCCACCUGCUGCCAGUCCUCCUGCUGCCAGCCCACCUGCUGCCAGUCCUCCUGCUGCCAGCCCACCUGCUGCCAGUCCUCCUGCUGUCAGCCCACCUGCUGCCAGUCCUCCUGCUGUCAGCCCACCUGCUGCCAGUCCUCCUGCUGCCAGCCCACCUGCUGUGUCCCCACCUGCUGUGCCCCAGCCUCCUGUCUCACACUGGUUUGCACCCCUGUGAGCUGUGGGUCCAGCCCCUGCCAGUCAGGCUGCACCAGCUCCUGUGAGCCCUCCUGCUGCCAGCAGUCCAGCUGCCAGUCCUCAUGCUGCACUUCCUCCCCCUGCCAGCAGGGCUGCUGUGUGCCUGUCUGCUGCAAACCCAUCUGCUGCAGGCCCAUCUGCUGUGAACCUGUCUGCUGUAAGCCUGUGUGCUGUGAACCUGUCUGCUGCAAACCCAUCUGCUGUGAACCUAUCUACUGCAAGCCCAUCUGCUGUGAACCUGUGUGCUGCAAGCCCGUCUGUUGUGAACCUCUCUGCUGUAAACCCAUCUGCUGUGGGUCCAGCCCCUACACAGCCUCCUCCUGCUGCCAGCCCUCUGUCUGCUCCUCCUCCUGCUGCAAGCCCUCCUCCAGUGUGUCCCUCAUCUGCCGCCCUGUGUGCAAGCCUGCCUGCUGUGUGCCCACCUCCUCUUGCUGUGCCCCUACCUCCUCCUGCAUGUCCCUCAUCUGCCGCCCUGUGUGCAAGCCUGCCUGCUGUGGUCCCUCAUACUCAUAA